AUGAAAUCCUCUUGGUUGGGCUUGUCCCUCCUCUCCCUGUUGGCAGCGCCCACUUUGGGUGCGCCUUCAGAUGCCUCUUCUGGUCUAGAAUCGGGGAACCAUGCCUCGCUUGCUCCACGAGGUGGUCGCGGACUGGACCCAGAGGAACCCUCAGUUUUCAAUGAGGUCGAGGUCCCCCCGUUGACCCAGAUCACCCCCCAGAAUUUCGAGGAGGUCACCAAAGAUGGGAUCUGGAUGAUCAAACAUUACUCUCCAUCUUGCCCCCACUGUCAAACGGCCGCUCCCAUCUACCAGACCCUAUAUGAGUACUACUAUACUUCGAACCCUCUGUUCAUCUCUGCAGCAAAGCCUGAUGAGCCUAAGUCCUUGAACUCUUUCACCGGCUACUACAACUUCCGUUUCGGAUCAAUGAACUGCCUGGCAUACAGCGACUUCUGCUCCAAGUUGAAGGUUGACUACUAUCCUGCCUGGGGAUUCUAUCAAAAUGGCGUUCAACAGGAGCCACCGAUUGGUGCCAAAAAGAUGUCGGAUCUGGCUGAAAUGAUCGAAAAGAGGCUCGAGACGGUCAAGCCUGGAUCUCGGCCUUCGCAGGGCGUCGAGCUACCAAAGAUUGGCGCCAGGGGUAUGGAAAUGACUGCCAAGCCUUUGACCGAGGCAGCCAUUGAGGCAGCAAAGGAAAAGGCCGACGAGAAGCUGAGCGUUACGACCUCCGAAUUGGAAGGCGUCAGCCCUCAGGCCGCCAAGGCCAAGAUUCAAGGACGGCCCGCCAACCCUCAGGGUCUUUCCAUCCCGCUAACUGCGGAGAGCUUCCAAAAACUUGUUACCACUACCCGUGACCCGUGGAUCAUCAAGUUCUACGUCCCAUGGUGCCCUCAUUGUCAGGCUAUGACUCCCAACUGGAACUCGAUGGCCAAGGAGAUGAAGGAUAAGCUCAACGUCGGUGAAGUGAACUGUGAAAUUGAGAAGCGCCUUUGUGAAGAUGCACGAGUGAGCGCCUACCCGACUAUCUACUUCUUCCGUGGUGGCGAGAGGGUUGAAUACACCGGCCUUCGAGGCCUGGGCGAUCUCAUUUCGUAUACCAACAAGGCUGUUGGCGUCGGUUCCAGCAUCCAGGAUGUCGACGCUGCUACAUUCAAGGAGCUGGAGAAGACUGAGGAAGUCUUGUUCCUGUAUUUGUACGAUGACGCGACGACUUCCGAGGACUUUGAGGCUAUGAAUCGUCUGACUCUCAGUCUUGUUGGACACGCUCGCAUUGUCAAGACCAACAGUGCUACUCUGUCAGAGCGUUUCAAGAUUUCUACUUGGCCUCGUCUUUUGGUAGUCCGCGAUGAGCGUCCCAACUACUACAACGCUCUUGCCCCUAAGGACAUGAGAGAUUUCCGCCAAGUCCUCUCCUGGAUGCAAACUGUGUGGCUGCCUAUUGUUCCCGAACUCACUGCAUCCAAUGCUCGGGAGAUCAUGGACGGAAAGUUCGUUGUCCUCGGACUUCUCAGUCGUCGCCGUUCCGAUGACUUCAAGCAGUCCAGGCGUGAAUUGAAGGAGGCUGCUCUCGAGUGGAUGGACAAGCAGGUCCAACUUUUCCGUCUUGAGCGCGCUGAACUUCGUGAUGCCAAGCAACUACGCAUUGAAGAAGCCGAUGAUCGCAAUGACCAGCGCGCACUGCGGGCUGCAAAGAACAUGCGUAUCACCAUCCGCGAGGACGACAAGAAGCCAGUUGCUUUUGCUUGGGUUGAUGGCGAUUUCUGGGAGCGCUGGCUGCGUACUACCUACGGCAUUGAUGUGGAGAGCAGUGAUCGUGUGAUUAUCAACGAUCAGGAUAACCGUCGUUACUGGGAUACCGCGUCGAGUGGUGCCCCCAUUAUGGCCUCAAGAACCUCCAUCCUAGAGACCAUUCCUCUCGUCAUUGCCUCCCCCGCCAAGCUGUCUCCCAAGUCAACCAUUGGCACUUUCGAGACCAUCUUCUUCUUCGCCCGAUCUCUCCUCGGCAGCCACCCCAUCCUCUUCUUCAUCAUUCUAGGCGCUGUGGUGGCGGUAGCCACCUUCUUUGGUCGUGCACGCCUCCGCCGCAGCGCCCCUCGUGGAGGUAUCAUUGGUAAUAAUAACAACAGCAACAACAAUGGCGGCUUCUUCCACCUUGACGGCAAGGAGGGUUUCCUGAACGGAGGUUCGACCGGAAAAGUCGAUUAA